AUGGAUCACGAUCAGGCUCGUUCCCGUGUGGCAAGCAAGUUGAACACAGCCGACUCCUCGCUCCCUACAACGGGCCAGCCGAGAUCCUUCUUCGACUUACCUGUGGAGAUCAGACUAGCUGUGUAUGAACACUUCGCCUACAUCCCUCCGAAGCCGAAAUGGUCGACAAAGAAAGCGGAAGAUCUGUGGGCGGUCCAGCUCGGCGGCGACAUAAACAAGCAGACAGCUAAAGACACUGUACCUACAGAAAACCACCCCACCACUGAGGACGACACGACCGCUUUGACAGCUCGAAAGAACUUCGAGGCUCACCAACUCAUCACAGCCACGAGGCACUCCCUGUUGUUGACCUGCAAAAGCGUGCACGCAGAAUGGGCUCCGCUGUUCUGGUCCACCGCGACAGUGACUUUAGGGUCAACCGCUCAGACUGACCCGGCCACCUUCGAACGGCAGUUCGUCGCUCGAGUCGACGAAUACAAGCUCCGUUCAAUCCGACAUCUGGUGUACUGUCCUCUGAGAUGGCGACCGCAGGUCAGAGGCCUCCCCGUUACAACGGAAAGUGACUGCGACCACAGCGGCGUGUUGAAACUGGGACGAGUCUUGCAGACAUAUCCAUCCUUGCUGAGCGGCCUGAAGGGAUUGAAGGUGAUUUUCCAGCCGAAAGGGCUCCUGCCAACCCACUACGUCCUAAAUGCGCGAGCUGGAGAGACACCGGGAGACAAGUGGACUGCGAUGGAUCCAGGUGGUGACUGGGAUGCAUUUGUCCAUAUGAUGAAUGGUGGUGAGGGUGCGGCAGCGGCAGCGGCAGCGGCAGCCUGGAAGGCCGAACGGACGAUUGAAUUCGAGGCAUUCCGAGUCGUGCCUGAGGGUGGAGUGUACUGCUGGAUCGCGGCGCGGUGGGAAUUGACGUGUCGGCCUAAGCGACCCGAUCAGAGGAUGCAAGUGAGGAUUGCCGCGACUGGGGAGGAGUAG